AUGUUCCGAAGGGGAGCAACCCGAAGCAUGAGCAAACUUAAAAGACUCAUUCCAGCAAGAGGUGUGAAAACAUCUGCCAGAUUUUUCACCUAUGACCACUUCAUCUUCAACUUCGAUGACGUAGAAAAUUUAAAAAAGUUAAAAGGACUAAACACGGAACCGUUGGUGAUACAAACCCAAAGGAAGAAGGACAAUUAUGAACACAUUUUAGAUCAAAGUAAAUUAAAAAAAACAAGAAGAUUGCUCCUUCUUAUUCGCAAAAAAUUAAUAAAUUAUGAACAGACCCCUCUGAAUAGGUUCUACUUCAUAUUCUAUAAAAAUGUGGACUGCCUCUCCGAAGCCGAAGUAAUCGAUUUGUUAUACUUGGCCAUUCGGAAUAGGAAAUAUUAUGCGCAACAAGGGGAUAUAGAGAGCAGCUUCGACAGUGCAUCUGGUGGUCUCUAUGACGGGGGGAAUACUUCCAUCAUCGGCGAGGGAAGCGACCUUACCAGGAACAACGUACAGGACAUUUCUGAUCAUGUCUACACCAAUGUAGGUGAUGCGAAAAAUAUCACUAUACGUAACUGGAAGAAUGAGCACCUCGGGGGCGACAAUCAGAAAGAACAUGAAGGCUGUGCAUCAAAAGCAGAAAACGCUGAAUGGGGUGACGACACAAAUAAUGAUGAAAAUUCUCAUCUAAAAUGCAAACAGUUUCGCUCCGUCGCACAGAAUGGGAGUUCCAAUUGGUUCGUGGCUAUGGAAGAGGAUGCGGUGGAUACCAGAGAAAAUCAUAACUACACUCAAAGACGUAACAAUUUUAAGCGUAGUAAUGUAGAUUAUGUACUGAGGCUCCUGUCCUCCUUGAGGGACUCGCUAAGGGAAAGAAAAAUUGGCAUGGAAAACACUAUUACGUUGCUGGACGUGUAUAAAUUAUCGUACUGUUUGCGCCACUACAGAAUGGUAGAGGGGGAUAGUUUCAUAGUUACGUAUAUGUGCGCUUUACUAAGAAAAGAAAUCAGUUACAUAAAUCAAAAUAGGUGCGGCUACGAAAUAAGGGACAAUGAACAGUUAAACAUUCUGCUAAACGUUCUUAUUAUACAUCACAAGAAAUUGAAUGGGCAUUUUUUUAACCUCCUAUAUGACUACCUAUUUACAGUUCUUAAAAAGGAAAUCUUCAGCCUGUCCUCCAAGAAUGUAUGCCUACUAUUACAAGUGAAUAAUUUCCAGGUGAGUAAAUACGAUCCUUUUUUUCUUUCCUUGCUUGGGGGAGAGUCAACUCCAUCCACGAUAGUACCGUGUAGUAUGGCAAACGAAAUGUCGAAUACUUCACAGAUAAGCACCUCGCUAACCAUGCCGGACGUGAAUUACCUUCUCUUUUACCAACUGAAGAACGGUGCAAUGAGGGAUACACCCCGAUUUGACCUACUCACCGAACUCCUUGCCAACACACCCGAAAUGACUUCGCAAAAAAUUCAAAAUGUACAUCUCCUAUCUUUGCUACUGCUACGCCGUGACUACUCCAAAAGGUAUGCUAGUGAGACGCACGACAAUUUUAUGCAAGUAGUUUAUCAUAUGUACUCUUACCUGAGGAAGAAUAUGAAUAGCUUAUUAGGAAAUAAAAAAAAAAGAGAAAAGCUUUUGAAUGUCCGCUUUUUAAGAACAUUUUCUCUAGCUCUAUCUCUGAUAGGAAAUAAUCUUCAUGUAAAUGAUGAGUUGUGCCUCUUCGUACUUUACCUUGUAACCAAUCCGGAGCAGAUACUGACCAUCGAGGACUACAUAGAUUUGCUAAGAAUGUCCCAUUUUUAUAACUUCCAAAAAGAGCUAUAUUUCAGCAGGAGUGCUCUCUACUCUGAUGAUAAGACGUGCUUCUACAUCUAUGGUGGUGAUGGUGGGGGAAAGCAACGGUACUUCCCCCUGAACUGGGAGCGAUUAUCAAGUUACAUUUACGAAUGCUUAAAGGUUAUAUAUUCUUUUAAGGAGGAAGGAAGAACUUGGGUUGACACCCCUGGAGGAGAUCUCGAGAAGGGUAGACAGCUGGUAGGCACUUCCAAUGGGAUAACCAUUAAAAAGGAACAACAUGUGGGUCAUCCAUCCAGGGCAGAUAUUACUAAACCUGCUACACUUGCAGAGGUGCCCCAACCAAAUGGUAACCUAGAAACGUACCCUCUGGAGGGACACCCAAUGGAUGGGCCAAGCGGCAUCGUUGAAAACGCCUUUAGAGUGAAACCACCCUCACAGUGCCUAAACAAGCAAAAAGUGGCAAAAAAAAACAAAAGCUACUAUAUGCAUAUCUUGGAUAUCCUACCAUCGAUACAAGAAGAAUCAAGAAAUAAAUCUUUUUAUAAUCAUCUGUUGCGAAUAUUCCAAAGAGACGUGGGCCAUUUUAACCUACACGUGUUCGACUUAGACAAGAUCCUAUUCACGUAUAGUCUCCUUAGCAUAAGAAAGGAGGACCUCUCCUUGAAUAUUUUGAACUUACUAGAAAGGGUAAAAGAAAAUCUAAUGAGGAAGGAUCAUCCAUUUGAAAAGGAAAAGUAUCUUCUUCAUUCUCUCUGCAGCAUACUUUUGUCGAUAGUUGAAUUGAACCUCCUUCCAAACGUGGACAUAAAAAUUUUCGAGAAAAAGGUUCUUACGAAUAUCCAUUCAUUAAAUGUCGAUGCUAUUCUAACUCUGAUGCAGUACUACAUUUUGAAGGGAGCAGAGAGCACCGGGAUGAGUGUACACACAAACACGAUUGCGUUAUUGGUUCUGCAUUACAUUAAGAGGAAGUACGUGCUCCCGAGGGAUAGUCCAGAUGCAGAUGCAAACCCAUUCGAGGAGCUAAAGGGGGAUGUGAAUUAUCCCACCAUCGAGCAUUAUCUACACCAAAGGGGUAUUCAGAAUGGGACAGCCGCUUCCAAGGGGGAAUAUCAAAUGGGGCAGAAGUUCAGCCGAAAUGGAGACCCUUCCUGUGUUCCCCAAAACGAUGCAGUGGAAAACGGAAGUAAUUUUUGUAUCGCCUUUGAAAAGAUAAACGAAGAUGAUUUGUACGAGUUUCUACUGCUAAAAUUUGUAUUCAUCUAUCUCGUCACCCAUACCAGCCUGUUUCAUGAUAACAUCAAAUAUCAUCAUGGGGAGGAGAGGCAGUACCGCACCAUGGUAAAUAAUCUUAACAGAAUUAUCCUUCACCUGAAGACUGACUUCUCCGACAUGUUGUUAAUGGGUCUGACUGAUGGCGUCAUAGUAGACGAUGAAAAUGACGUACAUACUUCCCCCAAAAGGGUCCCUGCCAGUCGGAAAAAUAUCGGAAGGUAUAAGGACGAAGCAGAAGGGACGAUUCUGUCCAUCUGUACGGCCCAAGGAGUAGAAAACGAGCACAGCGCAAGAACACAGAACCAAAAUAACAUAUUUAGCCGCGCAAAUUUUCGCCUACUCACGAACUAUAUGACGUUCAUCCUUAAGCAUGAUCUGAAUUUUCUCACGAAUGAUCGGAUUUUCCACGAAGCAGUGGCUAUACAGCAUUUAUUUGUUAAAAAGUUCAAAAGCUUGUACUACAGUUAUAAGUACUCAUUUGUCUAUCGAAAAUUAAUGCUUUCAUUAAUUUGCGAUAUGAGGAGAAAAUGCUCCAUUCGGAUGAAUUGCCCUUUAAGUGCCCGCCAAAACAGCACAAGUGACAUGGAAAAAAUGAACAUAAAUGAGUACACACAGAUAUUAAAGCUAUUUAGUGUCCUUUGUUCAAAGGAGGGAAUGGAGGGAAACGCUUUUUACAGCUACUUAACACAAAACUGUGUGCAAAUGUCUACCUCGCAGCAGCCCCAACAGUAUGAUAUUAUACUGAAUCACCACUUAAUUUACGACAUGAACAAGAGUGAAAUUGUCAGUGUUCAUUUGAAUGUCCCUUUUUUUAACUACAUCAUUCCUAUGCUCAUUGAGACGAAAGCCUUUUCCGUUGCAGUACAGGUGAUUUUCACCCCCACGGAAAAUGUAGAUACGUAUGCAACACUCUUCAACGUUAUGUGGGCGUUCUUAAAAAGUUAUAAUUAUGACGUGAUACUGAUCAAGAGAAGAGGGGAAGCGUAA